AUGGAACUUUGGAAAAGCUUUAUGGUGGUUUUAUUGGCCGUGUAUACGGUAUCAUGUGAAACCCCUAAUUCAACGCAAGAAAACUUCAAUUUCACAACGAUAGAACUCGCCGAGAAUUCCACGGAAAAAUCGGCGGAUAAUCUGCAUUACACUGUAGUAGACAAUUGGAAUAGAACACAAAAAGAUGGUAAAACGGUGGAGAACAUCUUCCUCAACGACGAAGUGUACCUAAAUGUAACAGGAAAAGUUAAGGACCCUCAAUUGGAAUCCUCCGAUUUGCUACCAGGAAAAAUAGCAGCGAUUUUAGCAGGAGUUUUCGUCCUGGUUUCCAUCAUCGGUUACAUCGUUAUGCUGUCGUGGAGGAGGUAUUUAGAGAAUCGAUAUGGUAAUCGAGAGAUGCUCGUAGAAGAUGAUUAUUGCAAUAAAAGAAAUAGUUUUGAACAAUUUUCGAUGUCGAAACCCGCCGAUUCUCAUCCAAAAAUGCAACAAAUGACCCUAUUAAAAAUUAGAACGUCCUUAGAGGAUUAA